UUUUUUUGAAAAAGUUCUAUUUCAUUUCUUUCUUCUUAUUAUAUCUCUUUGUCCUCUCUCCACCAAAUCUCUUCAGCAAAAGAUUUAAGACAAAAGUAGAGAAGAAAAAAAAGAAGAAUAUGGCGAGAGGAAAGAUCCAGAUCAAGAGGAUAGAGAACCAGACGAACAGACAAGUGACGUAUUCGAAGAGAAGAAAUGGUUUGUUCAAGAAAGCACAUGAGCUCACGGUUUUGUGUGAUGCUAGGGUUUCGAUUAUCAUGUUCUCUAGCUCCAACAAGCUUCAUGAGUAUAUCAGCCCUAACACCACAACAAAGGAGAUCGUAGAUCUGUACCAAUCAAUUUCUGAUGUCGAUGUUUGGAGCACUCAAUAUGAGAGAAUGCAAGAAACCAAGAGGAAACUGUUGGAGACAAAUAGAAAUCUCCGGACUCAGAUCAAGCAGAGGCUCGGUGAGUGUUUGGAGGAACUUGAUUAUCACGAGUUGCGUCGUCUUGAGGAUGAAAUGGAAAACACUUUCAAACUCGUUCGUGAGCGCAAGAUUAAAUCCCUUGGAAACCAGAUCGAGACCACCAAGAAAAAGAACAAAAGUCAACAAGACAUACAAAAGAAUCUCAUACAUGAGCUGGAACUAAGAGCCGAAGAUCCUCACUAUGGACUAGUAGACAAUGGAGGAGAUUACGACUCAGUUCUUGGAUAUCAAAUCGAAGGGUCGCGUGCUUACGCACUUCGUUACCACCAGAACCAUCACCACCAUUACCCCAACCAUGCCCUUCAUGCACCUUCUGCCUCUGACAUCAUUACCUUCCACCUUCUUGAAUAAUUAAAGGUUUUGAAAAGCUAGAUUGCCGGUGCUAUCACUAUCUAUCUAAUUAAUAUAAGCUACUUAAAAGCAUAAGACUGGUGCUGCUAAAACCUUAAACUGUCAUGUUUCUUAGUUAUGUAUUUUAAAGCCUUAAAAAAUAUGUACUGUGUGAUCAGUAGCUUGCUGCUUAGACUUAUUGUGGGUGAAAUGUUUUCAAGACUUUUAUCAUGUAUCAUAUUAUUAUAUGAACCAUCUGCUUAUUUAUGCUCCA